AUGGAGUUUGCAUUGGAGCCAUCGUUUAUGACAGCAGAAAGAUUAGAGUUUGAAAAGUUAAACAGCUUCAAUUUUACACAUUAUUGGAACGAAGACGCUGGAGGAGUAAGGAUCGCUGAGAAAGUUGUUCUUUUUAAAGGUAUACGGCUAUAUGAAAAUCGUCUUGUCUAUUUGAUUGAUCGCGGUUUGCAAAACGAAAAGAAAAAUGAAUUGUUUGCUAUCUACCUGAAACUUGGGCAUGCGAAUCUUUUAGCACAAGAUUUUGCUAAAGCUUUAUCAGCUUACCAGAAAGCUUACAACACAGCACCGGGUCUUUUUUGGAAGGUACCUUCUGCGUUUUUUGGUCUCGGGCUCGUAUAUUUCCAUUUCAGAGCUUAUCCAUUUGCUGCAGAAACGUUUAAUCGCCUCCUUUAUUCUUAUCCUGACCUUGAAUAUGUCGUUGAAGUUUAUUCAAGGCUGGGAUUUAUUUACAAGAAUUUGGAAAUUUACGACUUGGCUUUAAAGAGUUUCAAUGCGGCUUUAAAUUGUUCUUUUGAAAGCUGGUUCUUUCCUAAAAUUGAACUGCGCUUCCAAGUUGCACACUGCUACGACUGUGCAGGAGACCUGGAGAAGGCCUUUAGUGAAUAUAGGUCUCUCUUGUCAGACCCCACUACGCAACUUUCAGUAUCUCUACGUGCUAGGAUACUGAGACAGUUAGGCUGGAUAUGUUACCGUACUGAUUGCCCUAUGCAGAAUCGUGCCCAAAAAAUCCAAGACGCAGAAAAUUAUUUGAUACAAAGUAGGGAGCUGGAGCCGUCUUGUGGCAAGACUUAUUAUUACCUUGGUCGUUGUUAUGGAGAGUUAACAGAACGUGCUAGGGAUGCAUUUGUAAACUAUCGUGAAUCCAUCGACAAAUCUGAAGCAGAUGCCGACACAUGGUGUAGUAUUGGUGUGCUUUAUCAACAGCAAAAUCAGCCGAUGGAUGCUUUGCAGGCUUUCAUAUGUGCGGUGCAAUUGGACAGUGAGCAUAGUGCUGCUUGGACAGAUCUAGGUUUUCUUUACGAAACCAAAAAUCAAUUUGCCGACGCUUUGAGCUGCUAUAAAACAGCUAUUAAAUAUCGUUUAGCUGCACCAGAAGCUGUAAAGGAGAGAAUAAAAGUGCUUGAGAAAGAACUACACCCGUCUUCGUUGUUAAUAGCAAACCCUCGAGCUCUACCGCAGCCAGACUUACCAAGCUUGGAGGAGGCUUGGAAACAACCAAUUCCUGCUGAGUUAAAUCAGCGACAGGAGGACUUUUUGAAGAUGCCGAAUAACGAACUAACCCCGGUUCAGAAUGAGUUGCUAAAAUUUUUUCGUACAAACAAAGCUAGCCUGAAUGAGGAGAAUUUAGCUCUGCUCGAGCAGUUGGAACAAAAAUGCGCUGACUUGGAUAGCAUGUCUUUGGGCCAUGGGGAAAAACUGCAUAGUAAUUCCUUACCUCUUGUCUCUCAAGAUGAUCUCGUGAAUAUCUUGGGAAGUGCAGGUAUGAAAAACGACUACACGCUUGUGAAUCAAACUUUUGAAAGAAACGGCACCUCAAGUGUGGGUAGUGGUUCAAGUGCUGGAAAAAAGGUAGACGAAAGGAUGAUUAAUGGACAACACAACGUUGUGCAGGUAGAACCUGUUCCAUCUUCUUCUGAUCUCCCUGGUUCAUUUUCCUUGCUCGCUGCUGUUCACCUACCUGUUACUGUUUCUGCGGAAGAAAUUAUGGAUGAAUGUGAAAAACGCAUUAAAAAUCCUUUGGAAUUUAAAGAGGUUUUUGAAGAAAGAAUCCCUCCUCCUGAGCCUCCAAAAGCUCCAACAGAAAAACUUUCUUCUGAACAGUUGCGGCGAAAAACUUACGUGGUUGUGAUUGAACAAAAGAAGGAUGCAUUCAGUAUAGAACUGCAAAACUUUUGCAAGAACAAGCCUAUUCUACUUAUUCGGGGUUUAACCACUGCACUUCGAAUGGAUCUUGCCAUUUUUUCUACAAAGAGCUUGCUCGAUUUUCCAGAUCACCCUGUUGAACUGAGGACGCAGUAUCGCAUGUCAAGUCCUGAUAUAAAUGUUGAUCAUCUUGGGAGACCUACUUGGAGUUGCCAUAGUGUUCCUUCUAAAACGGACAUGCGUGACUACGCACAGUACCAAGCUCAGUACUUUCAGCAUUGCCUAAAGGAGGAGGCAGAGAAACUGCGCGCUGCUGGCGCGAAAUAUGGCGGGUCUUUAUCUGCAGAUGGCUGCAAUGUUUCAUCUAAGAGGAGACGUACUACAAUUCAAGACGAGUGUGUGAUGCCUAUGAAAACUCUGAAAUUUGGCAUCAAUGUGGACCUAGCUGAUGAAAAUAAGUUUCAUAAGCAGUUGAAUGAACUUUCAAAACUGCCUCCUUUUUGUCGACCUGCAGCAGGUUGCAAUAUGCUUACUCAUCUUGGACAUCCUGUGAACACUGUUCAGUUGUAUUUAAAGGUGCCGGGUGCGCGGACACCUGGUCAUCAGGAUAGCAAUUGUCUGGCCUCUGUCAAUGUCAACAUUGGUCCAGGUGACUGUGAAUGGUUUGCUGUGCCGUAUGAAUAUUGGGGAAUUAUGAAUGAAAUGCUUAAGAAGAAAAAUCUAGAUUUCCUAAAAGGAUCUUGGUGGCCUGAUUAUGAGGAACUGAUUGAAGCUGGCAUUCCGGUGCACCGGUUUAUACAAAAAGCUGGUGAUAUUGUUUAUGUUGGGAGUGGUACCAUUCAUUGGGUGCAGAGCCUUGGUUGGUGUAAUAACAUUGCUUGGAAUGUUGGACCAUUAACAGCAGAACAGUAUCAGAUGAUUCUUUUCAGCCAUGAAUGGAACAAGCUUCAUAAUUAUAUGUCACUUGUGCCUGUUCAACACUUAAGUUGGCAGCUAGCUCGUAAUGUUCGUUUUUCUGAUCAAAAGUUAUUUACGAUGAUUAAAAAUAUUCUCAUUCGUUCAUUAGCCUAUACCAAAAUGAUAUAUAAUAUGGUGACCGUUGCUGGAAAAUCGGUUCAGAUGCACUCCCGCCACAAGGGUGAUAGUUCACCUUACUGCAGUAUUUGUGAGAUUGAAGUAUGGAACUUGGUAUUUGCUAAACCUGAGAACGGAAAGUAUAUUGUUUAUUGUGUACAGUGCGCGAGAAAUGCAGACUUGAACAAUUUUCGAGUUUUACAGCAGUACACUUUCGAAGAACUUUCUUCUACUUAUGAUAAUUUCCGCCUUUACCCAGUUAGUCUUUUAAAAUGUUCUCAAUUUUUUAGCUACUAUUUCAUCAUGAUAACAAUAAUAAUAGCUAUAGUUACAAUUAUAAUGACUCGUAGUCUUCGAAGUGUUUUGUAA